GCGGAGAAGAACAGUGUGAGGUAAACAGUAGCGGGAGAGCUGUGUGUGUUGAGAGCAGGUGAGUGUGUGUGUAGAACAGGUGAAUAGAGGACAGGGAUGGAGGAGCUGAUGCCCAGACUGCUGCCGGUGGAGCCGCGCGCGCAGGAGGAGGAGGAAGGAUACACUUUAAAGGAGCCGCCGAGGAACCCGCAGGAGUACCUGAGACACGUGCAGCGUGAAGCUUCUCUGUGUCCGGAUGUUGUUGUAGCUCAGAUUGAUCCCAAGAAGCUGAGGAAGAACCAGUCAGUGAACGUUUCUCUCAGUGGCUGUCGGACGGCUCCUCACGGAUUCUCCCCCAGCCUGAAGUGGCAGCAGCAGCAGGUCAGCAGCUUCUCUGAAGUCAGACAGAGUGUGGCCAAACACCGGCAGCACUGGAAAGCUCAGUUUCUGGAUGAUAAUGUUGUGAUGCCCAAACCAGAUGAUGAGGACGGCUGGAGGCGAUUCUGUCUCGGGGAAAAUGUUUAUUUAAACGUCACUCACAGUGAAGACCGAGUGAGUCCAGGACUGGAUUAUGUAAAGAUGGGCUUUCCUCCGUUUCUCAGCAUCGUCAGCAAACUCAGUCAGUCGACGGUUUCUGCAGUGCUGGAGUAUCUGAUCAGCUGGUUUGAGGAGAGAGAUUUUGUUCCACAGCUGGGUCAGUGGCUGUAUGCAUUACUGGCGUGUCUGGAGAAGCCCCUCCUCCCUGAAGCUCAUUCGCUGAUCAGACAGCUGGCGAGGCGGUGCUCUGCAGUACGAGCAAACCUGGAGAGCAAAGAUGACGACAGGCUGUCAGCACUGAACUUGUUAAUCUGUAUAGUUGCCAGGUAUUUUGAGCAGAUUGAUUUGGCUGAUAAAGAGUGAAGAAGACGAUGCUGCAGAUUAUGGGAGAUUUUUUGUAGAUGUCUGUUUUCUAUGAUUACAUGUAUGAAUGCUGUUAUUUGCCAGAAACUGAAUGUGUCUCAGCUGAUCGACUGAUUUCGUGAUCAGUGAUCAAUAUUGGUCAGUAGAUUUAUCAAUGAAUAGUUCCAUUAUAAAAACAGUUUACAGUGAUUCAUUUCAGCUGUAUUGAAAUAAACCUGUAAUAAAUCUACUGAGUGUG